GAGUUGAAAUCAUGUUUGAAUCAGUGGCAACUAUUUAUCCGCCAUUGAUUUUGAACGCGUCACUUAACUUCCAUUAUCUUAUCGUGCGUUUUGCUUUUGCUUCUUAUUAAAUCAUCUUCUUUUCCCAAUCCUUCGAAUUGGAUCAUCAAUCUUCACAAAGACGUAACCCUAAACCAGAACCGUUUUCGCUUUUUCCCGUUUUCUUCCACGCUUGCUUCCUUCUCCGGCCAUCUUCGCUGAUGGCGUCGUCUAAGGGCAUUGCUUGCGGCGGAAACUUCCACGUCGCAGCUAACUUCGGAAUCCAGAGCCGGAGCGGUCUGGCCAUGCAACCACCGUGCUCCGUUGCGAUCGGGCGGUCGACGGCGAGGGCGGGGAGGAUCUCGGCGGCGUUGGCGACUGAACGGGCGAGUGUGACGAAGGUGGAGCUUCCCGGGAAGCGGAAGGCAGGAGCGAACGACGCCGUUGAGGGACAGGAGAGGCUGGACAGGUGGAUGAAGGAGUCGGUGGUGGAGAUUGUGAAGAAUUUGAGAGAAGCGCCAUUGCUGGUGCAGGUUUACCCCAAAUUAGGAGCGGAGGCGGCCACGACGACGGAGAAGAGGGUGUUGGUGGAGGACUGGCCGGCGGUGAAGGAAAGAUGGGAGAAGGGUGAGUCGCCGAUGCCGGAGGGAGUGAUAUUCGUGGAGGAGUUGGAGGGCGAUGAGGCGGAGGAGGGCCGGGGAGAGAGGACGACGAGGGCGUGGGGGGUGGUGGUUCAGGGGAAGGGCGUCGGAUGCGGGCCGGUUUGCUAUUUACUAAAGACGUGUCGGGUCGGGUCGGGCCCCGGUAAUGGGAUGGGGAUUUGUUCGACCCAUUUUUGCUUGGUGAAAGUGAAUGAGUUGAGGGAAACGGUGCAGUCGCAGCUGAAGAAUUGUUGGCUUUUGCAGAGUGAGUGGAAGUGAUGAAAUUGAGUGAAAGUGUACAUUUGUUUCUUAUUGAAUAAUUUUUUGUUGCCACAGUUCCACUGUGAUUCUGUACAGACUGAAUACUACCUUUUAGGAUUUUUCAUCAGCUUUUACUCCUUUUUUAUUAUUAUCUCUUCUUCAUUU